UCGCCCCGUGUUUUGUCCGAGCCGCCUCUGAACGCAUCAGCGGCUCUCACAUUCGCACAUUCGCUGCCCCGUGAGUGGCGGAGGCGGAGGCUUGAUCAGCGGCUCGGAGGGCCAAUGAGCUCCGGAGCCCUGGUUCUCCGGAGCUUCCCCACACCCCUCCCCCGGUGCUCGGUGCUCGGCUGCCCUGCCUCCUCCUCCUCCUCCUCCGUCCUUCUCCUCCUCCCCCCGCCGCCGUGGACCGACCGAACAUUCCUCUUUACUCCGCAGCGCAGGAACGCAGCGACGGAGAGAACCGAGCCGGAGACACGACAGACAGACCCGCAGCAGCAGCAGCAGCCCAUGACACCUCCCAAGGACACGUAAGGUCAAUGCUGGGUCGUGGUGUGAAGCGGAAGUGGAGCUGCCUGGAGGAGGCCGAGGUCGUCUCUGAGGCCGCAGAGGACAAGCAGCAGGAUGAGGACGAGGACGGGCAGGACGGCCUUCUGGACCCGUCCAGGUCCGACGCCAGCCGCUUGCAGCAGCGCCAGCUGGUUCUGGGCCUCUGCCUGGAGAAGCUGCAGCGCUACCAUGCCGGCGUGGAGCUCAGCCUGCGGCGCUCGGUGCUGCUCAUCAACACGCUGCGGCAGAUCCAGGAGGAGAUGCGCAGCGACGGCGUGGGCGGCUGCGACGUCCACCCCGACUCCUGCCUGCUCAGGGACGACUUCAGGGAGGACGCGACGGUGACGUGUCCCGGCUGCUCGGAGGGAGAAGCUCCACCAGAACUCAGCUCUCAGGAGGCCGACGGCUCCGAGCAGCAGAAACCAGAAACGGUCAGCGCCGUGGGCUACCUGGGCGACCUCGCCCUGGACGACAUCUUCGAGGACAUUGACACGUCGAUGUACGAGACGUCGGACCUGCCUUCUGCCUGGGCGUCGGGCCCCUUGUGGCCCCUCAGCGUGUCUCUGUGGCCCGACGAGGACGUGAAGCUCAGACCUCAGAGCCACUCGACGGCCGGGAGCCUGCAGUCGUGUCUGAUGGACCUGAACGAGCUGGACCACAUCAUGGAGAUCCUGGUCAAGUCCUGAUCACAGAGACGGACUCCUGAACUUCUGCUGGAUGGACCGACGAGCUGCUGAACAGAAACUCUGACAUGAGAUCGGAUUUUUAAGGCUCCACCUGAAAAGUUUUAUUUGGCUUCAAGUAGAAUCAAACACUAAACCUUCUGCCUUUAUGAGGAACCAGUUAAAAUUAUUGAUCACAGCAGAUAAUCAUCUCAUAAUAUUAGAAAAACAUCCAUUCUGAGACACUUUUGCACGACACAGUUAGCUGAUUAAUAGUUUAAUUAUUAAUUUAUGUACUUUCCAAAACAGAAAAGAAGAAAAUCUUUAAAAAUUUCCUCUUUUCUCUGUUACUGUUUUCAUUUUAAAUUGAAUUUUGGACCAACAAAUAUAAUUAGAAACCUUUUUUUAACUUUUUAUCCCCCAAAUAAUGAAAGUUUAAACAAUCUGCCGCUUUAUUUUUCCGUUAUUCUCACUUUAAAUUAACUUCUGUCCUGACACAUUAUGAACAAAACAAUCAACGGACUAAUUGAAGAAAAUACUUGUGACUUUAAACUACAACUCUAUGAUUAACUGAUUAUCAGCCCACACACAAUUAGCUGAUUAAGAGUUGACUGACGGACAAUCAUUCAUCAUUAUUUUGCUAAAUUAUUGAAUUACUGAAAUGAAAAUGCAGACUUUUUACAGAAUUUACAGCUUUUCUCUGUUGUUAUUCUCAUUUUAAAUGAACUUUUGCAUUAACAUCCUCCAUUUUACAGACAGAACAGUGAACAAAGUAGCACUGAGGAAAAUAUUUGCUCCUUCAAACUGCAUCUCCGCCUGUGGAAAUGCAUUUUUAAAAAGCAGAAAACCUCCGGUGUCUCCUCUGACAGGUUGUAGAAACACACCUGGACUUUGAAACGGGUUUUCUUUAUGAGCAGAAGGUGAUUAAUCUUCAGUCAAACUAGAUCAGACAUGAUGAGACAUCGCCGCUCAGCAAAAACUAUUAUUGCAACACGUGCAGGAGCAGUUCUGUCACGUGCAGCGAUAGGGGGGGGGGGGGGAGCAGAUUUUAAUUAAUUGACUGUAAAUGCAGAUGGAGCCUUGACUCUCCGGCUGUUUCUGUCGCUUUGCUCUGCUGGUUUUUGUACGUUUUAAGUGAAAGCAGCAGCAGCAGCAGCAACCUGAGCUGGUUCACGCGUCACUCGGUCUGUCAGAUCACAGCCGGGUUGAUUAUUAAUUGAAAUCCCUUCAAUUACUUAAGAGGGCGUGCUUCGGCUUCAGGCAGCCGGGGGGGCAAAGGCCGGGGUUUCCUUUCAGUAUCGGCGCUGAGCGGCUCCUUGGACCUUUAAAACUGAAACUGACAUCAGGUGGAAGUCUCUGUGGCAGCGUCUUUAUGUUUGUUUGUUUAUUUGAGAGGCUGAACUUUUGUCCGAGCGCCUUUUAUCUAAUAGUGUUCUUAUUUAUGAAUGAAAAAUCAACCGGAAGCAGCAGCAGACAUUCUUAUUUCGGCGCCUUUUGCUCGGGUGUGAGUGUAACUUAUAAUUUAGUUUCUUUACGACCGUGAAAACAGACAAGAAGUACAGUUUUUUUUCCUCCUUAUCGGCAGCUUGUAUUUAAAUCCAACACGGACGCAGCUUCAGAUUUGUAUUUUUAACCCUCGUGUCGUCCUGCGGGUCAAAAUUGACCCGUUUUAAAGUUUGAAAAUGUGGGAAAACUAAAUAUUUUCACAGUGAAGCUUCUGAUGUCCACAUUUUCAACAUUUUUUGGGAGAUUUUUGAACAUUUUUUGUUGGAAAAAAUGUCAAAAAAAUGUUUCUUUAAGAACAUUCAUGAAAAAAAUCUACCAAAAUCCAGCGAAUUUCUCUGCAUUUUGGUUGAUUUUUAUGUGAAUGUUCUUAAAUAAAAUAUGAGAAGUUUUACUGAUAUAUAUGGAAUCAUUUUAGAUAAUUUUAGGAUUUUUUUUGAAGAUUUUUACUCAAUUUUUGAAAAUAUUUACAAGAAUUUUCUUGUCAAAUUAGUUUUUUUUUUAAAUUAAAUUUUUAAGGGCAACUUUUAAGGAACUAUUAGAACUUUCUUCCAGAAGGUUUUGCAAAUUUUAAGUUUGAAAAUGUGGAGAAAAAAAGAAUUUUCACAGAAAACUUCUGAUGUCCACAUUUUCAACAUUUUUGGGAAAUUUUUGAACAUUUUUUUGGUGGAAAAAAAGAAAUGUCAAAGUAAAAGUUUCUUAACAACAUUCACAAAAAAAUCUUUUGGUUGAUUUUUUUGUGAAUGUUCUUAAAGAAAAUAUUAGAAGCUUUACUGAAAUAUAUGGAAUCACUUUAGAUAUUUUUAGGAAGAUUUUUACCCAUUUUUUGAAAAUAUUUACAAGAAUUUUCUUGCCAAAUUUGUGGGAUUUUUUUAAAUCAAACUUUUAAGGGAAAUUUUUAAGGAAUUAUUGGAAUUUUCUUCCUGAAGGUUUUGCAAAUUUUCUGAAAUUUGGGAGAAUUUUUUUGCUGAUUUAUUUUUUUUCUGACAAGGAAACGAUAGUUUUUAAAUGAGGACAACAGGAAGGUUAAACCGCAACGACCGAGGAGCUGAUCCUCUUCGCCGUGUCUCAACAAAAAUUGCAAACUGUGUGUGUUUUUACGGCCUUCCGAUGCGUUUUUACCGCGAUGUUGGGGAUGUUUUCUAACCGUUUUCUAGCCGUUUCUACCUGAAACCCCUAAAAGAGCUUCGCCUGUCUGUGGUUUACUCCUGGUUCUACCUCCUGGUUGUUGUUAGUUUACCUGGACACUCCUGUUUUAUUUUGUUUUUUUUACACCAUGAGCCAUGUACAGACAGAUAAACUCUUUCCUGUCCGACCAAAGCGACCCGUCCUCGUCUGCAUCUCUUGCGUGCCUUACUACUGACGUUUGCUUUGUCUGUGGAGCUUCAUUGAUAACAGCCAUCUCCGUUUCUUUCCCUCUUCUUUGCCUUUUUUUCUUCCCUUUUCUCGCCGAGCACGAUGAGCUUAAUGCGUCCUGACAGGCUGACUGAACUAGCUGAGGGAGGAGGAGGAGGAAGCAGUUUGCGUCACUUGUUCAGUAGGAGGAGUUUGCAGCUUGUUUUUUUUUUUUGUUUUUUUGAGUGGCUCACUGCUGCUGCCGACAACAACUUGUUUUUGCACAGACACACAGAAAAACACCGCUUUCUCCGGUUUUGUUUUUCCUUUUUUACAUAAUCUGUAAUCUGCAGGACUGAACACAACCAAGCAGGCGGCUGCAGUGUUAUUUAUAAACGUAUGAAAGCACAAUCUGUAUGUUUUUGAUUCUGUCUGAAGGAUGCCGGCUGAUGAGAUGAUGAUUCAUGAUGUAUUUUUUCUGUGGAAUAUUUUAUAGAUUUUAUCCAAUAAUACAGUAAAAAAAAAAAAAAACACCCUAAAUGCCGUGUGUC